AUGGAUGCCUUCAAACGUAGUCAAAGAAAAUUUCGAUCUUUACCACGUUCCAUUGCAUCUGCGAUUCGAUCGAUAUCAUUCGAUCGAUCAAACGAUCAGAAGUUUUUCGAUACACCUUCGUCACAACGACGACGAAAUGGUAUCUCCGUCGAUUCGUAUAACGAAUUACGAAAAUUAAUUCUACAAGUGCCAUUACCAACAACUGUGCUUCAGCGUACACCUACAAAAGAAUUUCUUCUGAAUGGAAUUGAUUUACCAUUAGCUGCAUCGUCUUAUUAUAUACUGACACUAAUUAAUCAAUGUUCGACAUUAGUUUUAUUUAAUAAAGAUCAUGAAGUGUGUCGAAUCGAUCUCAGUCAUUUAUUAGUUUUAGUCUAUGACAUGUGCUGGUCAUCAAAAGUGAAUCUUUUCCUCAUGGCUGGGUAUGGUCUAUACAGUUUUAAUGCACAAAGACGCGUUUUUUCAACGCUUGAACAAUUCCAAUUGGUUCGCGGUGAAUGGAUUGUCUCAAUAACGUGCAACACGAAUUCGAUGUAUCUUCUUUAUUCACGUUGUGCUAGUCGAAUCGAAUGUCGAUCCCUUUUCCCACCAUACCAAUUAGAAAAGCAAUGGCCACAGAAAUGUUUCCUUCGACGAAAAGACUUUCUUGCUCGAUGUAUACGCGUCAAUGAAUGGAAUAUUCUUGCAUUAACAAUCAAACAAAAGAACGGUGAAUGGAGAGUGGAUUUAUUCGAAUCAACGAACUGUUUGCGUACCAUUCGGGGUUGUUUAUUAGGCCGAAGUGUACCCGGAAUGAGAAAUUGUCUAUUGAUACCCUAUGAACGAUCGUGGUUAAUCAUUAAUAACUGUUCUCUACCGCAACAGAUCAUCUUGAUUGAUGAACAUGGACGAAUUAAAGCGAAAACGUAUGUCGAUAAGCGGCAUGGUUUUUGUAAUAUUUGUUUCCUAGGUACAGAAUGGAUUGGCAUGAAUGUCAAAGAUAAAUUACGGUUAUUUAUGAUUUAA